UUUCCUCAUUUUUGCUACCUUCUCUCAUAUUCUUUUCAUGUCUGAGCAUUGCAACCACACUUGAAAUAAAAAGAGAUGAAUCUUCUCUUCUUGCUUUCAAAGCCCUCAUCACCUCAGAUAUUAUAAAGCAAAAUUGGAGCACUCAAACCUCAGUUUGCUCAUGGAUUGGAGUCACUUGUGAUUCUCGUGGCAAUAGGGUGACUCGAUUAAAUAUCUCAGACAUGGAAGUCUCAGGCAGCAUCGCACCAGAAAUCGGAAAUCUUGAUUCUCUGAUUACUCUUGAUCUCAGUGGAAACCAACUUGAUGGUUCCGUUGCUCCAUCAAUCUUCAAUCUUACGGUAAUCGAAUCUAUUCAUCUAUACGAUAAUAGCUUGUCAGGUUCUCUUCCAAGAGACAUUUGCAGGCACAAUGGACUUCAAAAACUCAAAGUACUUGAUCUAUCCCGCAACGAGUUGAAGGGCGAUAUACCCUCGAGUUUGGAUCAAUGCCCGCAGCUUCAGACAAUAAGGCUUCGAGACAACAACUUUAGUGGACAUGUACCCAAAGAAAUUGGGAACAUCACACAGCUUAAGGAAUUAGACCUUAGCAUCAACUCUUUAACAGGAGUCAUUCCGGAAAAGAUUUUUCAUCUUGAUAAUUUACAAAAGUUGGGCAUGUCGACCAAUGAGUUAUCAGGGUUCUUGCCUGCCUUUGGAAAUAUGAAAGCAUUAGAGGACUUAACGCUUAGAGGAAAUGAUUUAACUGGCCCAAUACCUUUCAGCAUUGAAAAUCUAUCAAAUAUAAAGAGUAUUGAUAUCUCUUACAACAAAUUAAAUGGCGCAAUACCUUCCACUAUUGGAAAUCUAUCAAAUCUGCAAGAGAUAAGUCUCGCUUACAACAACUUAAAUGGUUUUAUUCCACAAGAGAUUCAUAAUCUUCAUCAGUUAAGCAGUUUGAGCAUGAGUUCUAACAAUUUGUCUGGCCCUUUGCCGCCAUCCAUUUUCAACAUAUCUUCCUUGGAAUAUAUUAGUUUAGGAAAUAACAAACUUAGCGGGGCGUUGCCUUCGGAAAUUGGGAACAUGAAAGCGAUAAAGGCUUUGUUCCUUUAUAACAAUUCUUUCGUUGGUCCAAUAUCACCCACCAUUGGAAAUUUAUCAACUCUGGUGAUCUUAUUUCUCUCCUUCAACUAUUUAAAUGGUCCAAUACCAUCCACUAUUGGGAAUCUAGCCAAUUUAGAAGAUCUUAAUCUCUUAUCCAACGAAUUAAAUGGUACAAUACCUUCCAGCAUUGGAAAUCUACAAUAUGUGUUUCGUCUACGCCUCACAUUCAACAAACUAAAUGGUCUAAUACCAUCCAGCAUUGGAAAUCUAUCAGAAAUGUCUAUAUUAUCACUCUCUUCCAACAAAUUUUAUGGGGAGCUUCCAUCCUCCAUGUGCAACCUUACAUUGCUUGAACAACUUAUUCUCUCAAAUAAUAGUUUGGCAGGAUCAAUUCCAGUAUGCUUUGAAAACAUGAGUAAAUCUUUGAAAACAACUUAUCUCGGAAUGCAUUUGCGGGUUCUCUGCGUGAAAGGUAUAUCGAGAAUUUCAAAGCAAUGAUCGAGGUGACCAAGAAAAAUGACACGAAACAAUUCUAUGAUAUGUUUCAAGAUUAUGUGCAGAUGAGAAUGACGUUGAAAGGUCAGGAUCAGUUAAUAGAGAGACUGCUGGAAGGCUUCACGAUAAUUGAUCUAUCCUCCAAUAGAUUCUCUGGAAGUAUUCCGCCUUUAAUUGGAAAUCUUAACUUUCUGAAAUACUUGAACUUGUCACACAAUAACCUCACAGGGAAUAUACCUUCAUCUCUUGCCAACAUGAGCGCACUUGAAUCUUUGGACUUGUCUUCGAACAAUUUGGUUGGAGUAAUUCCAAAUGAAAUGACAAGGUUGACAUUUCUUUCGAAACUAAACCUUUCAAUGAAUCAUCUGGUGGGACGGAUACCGCAAUCUAACCAGUUUUCCACAUUUGAGAACGAUUCGUAUGUGGGAAACUUAGGGUUAUGUGGAGUUCCGUUGACGAGAAAAUGCAAAGAGAAGGCAAGGCCAAAAGAAGAAGAAAAGGAAGAAGAAGAGGAUGAAUUUAUAGAUGGAUUUGGGUGGAAAAGUGUAGUGAUAGGGUAUGGAUGUGGAGUCAUAGUUGGAAUUGGUAUGGGUUGUUGGAUUAUUCGAUAUGAAAAGCCAAGAUGGUUGGUUGAGUUCUUUUUUGGUGUUGGAUACAAUAACAAGAAGAAGAGGAGACGCAUCAGAGCAACACCAACACCGAGGAGAAGAUGAUUCCAACUCCAAGACAAAAAAACGUUGCUCUUUCUUGUGUACACUUUUCUUUCCAACUUAGUUUCUUUUUCCUCUUUUGGCUAUAGACUUUCUUAAGAUUCAGGCCAAAAAAAGGCUAUGGUUAAGGUGUUUCAAUGGUUUAAUAUUUUAUUUUUAAUAAAUUAAUUUAUAAUGUCCGAUUUCA